GCUCAAAACCCAAACAUUGUCAACUCUUUGAUUUGCCCACGAGUACUUAAGUACUUAAGCUUUAAGUCUUGCUCUACGUUCGUUGUACUACUUCAUGAUUUUCGGAGACUUGUCUGCUUGUGUAUUCGUUGACGGCGAGGAGCUUCCGGAGUAUGAUGUCAUCCUUUCCACCACACCAACAGAGAACAGAAUAACCUGCUGGAUCGCAUCGGAAGAGGGAAAGAAAUUUGGGGUCAGGUGGAUGAACACAACUCAGCAGUCCUGGGGCAUCCGUGCAACCGUCUCCGUUGAUGGUGUUCCCUGUGCUACGCACAUGGUGCCCCCGGGCGGGGUCGGUACGAAUAACUUCACAUGUCUGGUCAAUGACUCAGUCACCAGAGAUUUCAUGUUCUCAAACAUUGAGCUUACUGAUGAUGACUCUAUGCUCGGUGAUCAAAAUUCGAAUGACAUAGGUCAGAUUGUGCUAGUGGUAAACACGGGGAAGUACACGAAAAAGGCAAUCAAUCACGGUAAAUUGAGAAAUCACACCCUUCGCGUGCGUGAAGGCAGGGUGCAUGAACGCUCUAAGAAGGCAUGCGCUCAUCGCGUCAUCUUUGGAGAAGAAGUUCCCCGUCAGGUGCAACACAAGUUCAGCUCUAGCCUCGAACCAGAUAACCGUCCUGCAACUGUCUUCGUUUUCAAAUACACGCGCUUGGAUAUCUUGCAGGCAAUGGGUAUCGCACCGUUGACAUCAAAGAACCCAGUCAAGGAAGAGGCCAAUGAUCAUGGCGAUGAAGUUGAAAUAAUCGACGGACCUUACCAGCCUUCAAGUUUGACCUCAGAGGAAGUGAAGCCCCGAAUUCAACAUCUUGAGAUGGAGCUCCAGCGUUUACGUGCGCAGUUGGCCUCGUCUGAGGACCGGAAGCCCUCACGUGUUAAGUUAGAAUGCAAGGUCUCGCGACGGCAGCACACCGCUAUGGAGAUCCUUGAUUUGACCGAAGAUUAGCUUUCAUCUGUCCUCGCUUGUGCUCCGGUUUCUAUGCCACUGCUCCUCCAUGCAAUUCAACUCCCAGGAACUCGACACUUUGCAAGACGGGGCACGCAGCAUGUGUCCACUCAUUCACACCACCAUUACCGAUACACACAAAGGUACUUUGCAUUGGGACACUACUUCUUACUUAAAUUUCAGUCUGUCGUCGCUAGUUGUAGCUUACGCUUGUCGCUCACAAUAAUACUUUGUUAAAUACAUACUGUUAGUACGCAUUUUUGUCUAGAACCCCCUCCAUUUCAAGUCGCCACAGCAAGUCAAUUAUGUACGGCCGGUUGCUUACGGGGUUUCAAACAAGCAGUAGCGAAGAGAAUUCUAUAUUAUUGC